AUGGCGGUCUACACAGGAAGGGCUGCUUUCGCUGUACCAGGGCACAAUUUCACGGUGUUCCAACCAUUGACGGGAACCGAGGAGAAUGUCGAUGUUACAAUCCUUACCCAGCAGCUGAAGCCCAUUCUGAGAGCCCUUCGAGAGCUCAAGCAUUUAGCGACUCAGGCCGGGAUAGCUUCGCGAGAGGCUCAGUCAGCACGUCCUUACACCGGACCUGCCGUGCAACAGAUGCAUUCUCUGCGGAGGGCCCUUACCGGGCUCAAUCUUCACGACAGAGCCUUGUCCGAUUUCUUGAUUUUCAGCGCCGAAGACCCGUCGUUUCAAUCGAAACGUUUCGUGUGGUCCUACGGCGAUGAUCAGCCUUGCUGCCCGCCCUCUUCGACCGAGGAGACCACAGAACUGGACGACUUUUGUGUCAUUCCUGACGAGUACCUAUGUCCGAUCAGCCCCAGCCUUUUUGAGGAACCAGUGCAUUCAUCUGAUGGGUUUGUAUACGACAGACAGGCAAUCGUGAGGUGGUGGCAACUCUGCAGAAGCUCACCGAUGACGGGGCUUCCUAUUGUGGACACGCACCUGAGGCCUGAUGAAGUUUUAAGGGAUCAAAUCAAUGCCUGGGUCGCAGGAGAAGAUGUCAUCAAUUCUUUGCCGUCGACGUUUGAGCAUGCCCGACUCUCCGGACACCAGCCACGACAUAUUAUAGACUUUGUCGGCCCCUCGGUCUGCUUCAGCAGACAGCUGCCGGGUCGGUCACUUUUGUUGAAUCUACACAAAGUCGCUUUUCGAUGGAUGCGAGGCCUUUACCACAGAUUCUCGUUACACGUGGGAGGCGUCUAUCUACCUUGCUCUGAAGAGGCCAUAUCUGACAGAGGAGUGGUAAGCGGCCAGACUAUCACCAUCAGUCCAGACUACGGCACAGAUGGUGACACCUCCGGAGGCUCAACAAGCCAGAGGCCAAUGUGUCCCAUCCGAGUUUACAACACACCUGACCUGUCAAAGGAGUCUUUCAAAUACUGGGUACCGUUGAAAUCUGAACUUGCCUACGGCUCGAUUAUUUUCCACAACUGGAGAUACCACGUCCAGCAUGGCAGUCUUGACCACUACAAGCAUGAUACGUCUCCAUGGGUUAAUCUCAUUAACCACGGCGACGGUUCUAUCAAUGGCUCAUUCCGUAAUUUGUGGGCUUCAUUGUCUCAGGAGUUGAGGACGCUUCGCCGUAUGGAGGUACAAAAGUAUGAAGCUGCCUAUAAACAUACGCGCGACGAUGGCACGGGGCCAGAAGCCCGUCAAUGUUGCAAUUGUCGCAUUCUUAAGGUUCAUCUCAUGACCUAUGCGCAGACAGAAGAGCGGAAGCUCAAGGAGACCGAACUCCAGCAGGGGAAAGUUCGAUCAAAGAUGGCUGUUGCCAACGGAAUUUUCUCGCAAUUCAUCAAUGGAUUAAUUGCGUACAGUUACCCCACGAACUUCGGGCUGGUUACCUUCGAGACAGAGGCGGGGAUCAGCCAGAAGUAG